UAAAAAAAGACCUCUGUAAUAACGGCCAUCGAGCUCAGCUUACUGAUUUAAACGAUUCCGUUAAUUAUUUGGCUUUAAUAUUUUAUUUUAGAUAAACAAACCGUAGGUGUUAUAAACAAGCGAGUUUAGAAAAGAUGUCGGACUUUGACGAAGAUGAUGCGAUACCUGAGGAUUCUGAGGAAAAGCAGGAGCAGGAUUCCCCAGAACCUAGUGCGAAACGGGACGAGAUUGAGCCAUGUUCAUUAACACAGGAUAUGAUAGGUGAAAACAUUUCCUUACUGUGCCGGACAGGUGAUGGACUUUCUCAUGCAUUUGUCAGACUUGACCUACAAAACAGAAAUCUGGGAGAUAUUGCCCUGUUGAGUUCAUUUGUCCACCUGCGUUUCCUGGACAUCUCCUCCAACUGCCUGACAGACCUUUCUCCACUGGCUACUCUGACUGAGCUACUUUGGCUAAAGGCAGAUUCAAAUCGGGUUCAGAGUUUGCGAGGUCAGACACUCUGCAAGCUUCCGUAUCUGCAGUGGCUCAGCCUCAUGUCCAAUCGUUUGACUGACUUGAAGGGUGUUGGUGGUUCUGCACUAGAAUGCCUUAAUCUUAUAGGGAAUAGCAUUCAGACAGUGUCUGGCCUUGAUUAUGGCAAGCUGACCAAUCUAGUGUCUCUAGAGCUGAGAGGAAACCAUUUGGAAACCACAGAUGGUAUUUACCUCCCCAACCUGAAACGCCUUUACCUUGCCCAGAAUGAAAUUAAACGAUUAGAAGGACUGGACAAACUGGAACACCUUACAAUCCUUCACCUUAGAGACAACCAGCUAGACACACUUGAUGGAAUCAGUUCCAGUAUGAAAUCUUUGCAGUAUCUUAAUAUCAGAGGAAACCUGGUAUCUUCCCAGCAAGCAAUAAAAAGCCUGAUGGGUGUUGUUCAAACACUGCGGGUCCUGGUGUUGUUGGACAAUCCUGUUUCAGAGAUGGAGGAUUACAGGCUCAUGGUUAUCUCUCACCUCCCUUUACUUGAGAGACUGGACAAAGUUCAUGUUUCCCCUGUGGAGCAGGAUGAAGCUCAAGAAAGAAUGAGGGAAUUCCAAAACCUCACAGAAAAAGAAGACCAUUAAAACAGGACUACAGGGAGCAAAGGUGUUUAAGGAGAUGUGCAUGGUUCAGUAUAUACACUACCAGUCAAAGUUUGGACACACCUUUUAAUUCCAUGGUCUUUCCUGAUUUGUGUUUCCUUUUUUAUUCACUGUAAAAAAUUACAUGUUGACUUAAUUCAAAAUUUCAAGGCAAAUUGCUGCACAGCAUUUUUUGAGGUAACUUAACUUUUGUUGAUUUAACUCAAUUUACUGAGUAAGGUCACAGGUCUCCCAACUUAUAUUCUUUUAUUAAUUUUUAAGUGUUUACAUCCCAAGUUUAAAAGAUGUGUUUAAAUUUACUGAAGCAGGUUUUUUGUUUUAAAUCAACAUUUAACACAACGUCAUGAAAAAAGCUGUAACUGCAUGCUUGAAAGUUUCUUCCAAAUUUCAUUUGAAACCAAAAAUAACACAGUACAGCCACAUUCCUUGACUGUCAAAUAAAAUUAAACUAAAAGAAAAAUAGCAAAAUGAAUUACACAGUGUAAACUUUACAAAACAAGGAAAAGAGUACAAUAAUAAUAAUAAUAAUAAUAAUAAAUAAAUAAAUAAAUAAAACUGCUUGACAGCAGCUUCUGGCAGAUGUUACAGAACAUCUGACCUUCCUGGUUUAAAAUAACAACUGACUGUUGUUGAUACUUAAUUAAUUAUGCGUUAUUUUAUAGUUUUGGAAAUAUUUGGUGUUCUAGAAUGUGGACAAAUAAAUCCAAUCUUUUGACAAGUGCUUCCAAACGUUUGACUGGUACUGUAGGUCUUACAUUAUAUAACUUUAUCAUCUUAUGAGUACAUCAUUUUGGAGGAGUCGUAGUUUUUUUUUCUUAAACAAGUUUGGUGUUUUAAUAUUACUUUUGCUUUCAAUAUGUAAUAUUAAUAAAGUAGAUUCGUAGCUUCUGUUUAGUCUACACAAAUCACACAAAAUGAUUAAUAAUACUGUAUAUUGAAGAUGUAAAAUUACUUCAAGUUUAAAAUUCAAAUUUUAUUAGUCACACACACGGGCAUACACAGAAGUAUAUGCAGUGAAAUGUUUUAACAACUGCCCGUGACCUUUUAUUAAUUAUUAUAUAUAUUUUCAUUUCAACUCUUUUUUUAUUAUUAUAAAUGUUUUAGUUCAUAGAGUUGUUAUCUGUUAUGCUUUAAAGUCAGUGGAUGUUCCCAUUUAAUCAUCUUAAAAUAAUUUCACACGU